CUAGCAGCAACAGCGAACUCUUUAUUAAAGUUUUUAAUUCGUCUUUAAUCUUCGACUUUAACCUCAAUAAUGUCGGGAUCGUCCAACAUCGUGGCGAUGAAGAAAAUCGUCCAGCAGCUGCGCCUUGAGGCCGGACUAAACCGAGUGAAGGUGUCUCAGGCCGCCGCCGACCUGCAGCAGUUCUGCCUCCAGAACGCCCAGCAGGACCCUCUGCUCACCGGCAUGUCGUCCAGCAACAACCCGUUCCGACCGCAGAAAGUCUGCUCCUUCCUAUAGCAUCACGGCCGUCCGGGCCUCCCGCUCCGUUUUGGACUUGGUGGUGCUUCAUGGAUCUGGGCUGCAGUGUCGUGGACUGGAAUCGUCUCAGGAGUGUUUUAGGGAAUUUGGGCCAAACAGACUAACUUAAGAGUAUUCCUUUGUUUUUUUUUUUUUUACUCUUGCCUUUGUAAACUCUCCUACACACAUUUCAAAGUGCUGCCACAGCACCGUGAGUGUCUUAACCUCUGCUAACCCAUAUCAACACACACGUGCCUUUUAAAACGAUGACAACAAAUAAAAGACAUUUCCACAUUUUA